AAAGUUAUCAUAUACAUAUACUUUGUACUUUUAAAAUAAUUGUUAAAAGGACAUGAUAUUAUAAGCGAAAUAUCAUUCAUUUUAUAAUUUUUUUAACGAGUAACGCCAUUAUUGUUCAAAUUACUCGAAAGUAAUAUAAAAUUAGUUCAGUUAUUUUUCAAUGUAUCUAACUAUCUCAAACGCUUUAAAAGAUUUUACGCUAUAAAUAGAAUAUUUAAGAACAUACUAUCAGUAAGCAGUGACCUUGAAUCAAGAUUAUUUCAUCAUUCAGUAAAUAUGACUGUAGUUGUAAAAAUUGUACGAUCAUCCAGUUGAGCCGAUAAUUAUAAUAUUGUUCAACGAAUUCUUUUAGAAUAAGUACUAUUUAUAGCUUAAUUUGCAAACGACAUUUACAAAUAAACUGAAUUGAAUGAUAUAAUAGUUAUAAGGUGAUACGUUCCUUGUGAAUAUAUAAUAAAUAAUAUAAUUAUCGUAAUUAUGCCGAAUGAAGCGAGUCCUGCAUCAAAUGGAUCUAACUUUGUAUCAGUAUUGGCUGCUGUAGGAACCAUAGCUGUAAUAGGAUUAGCAGUGAAAUUUUACAACAGUUGGAGAAGUGAUAAGAAAAAGAAAUCUCCAAUUUUAUUGGUUGAACCAGUUGUUAAAUAUAGUUUACCAUUAAUAAAAAAAGACAUAUUAAGUCAUGAUACAAGAAAAUUCAGAUUUGCAUUGCCAACUUCCGAUCAUGUAUUAGGAUUACCAAUCGGUCAACAUGUUCAUUUAACAGUGAAGAUUGGGGAUGAAGUCGUUAUACGCUCUUAUACACCUGUAUCAAGUGAUGAUGACCAUGGUUACGUAGAUCUUGUUAUUAAGGUAUAUUUUAAAAAUGUACAUCCAAAAUUCCCUGAAGGAGGAAAACUGUCCCAAUACUUAGAAAAUUUAAAAAUUGGGGAGACAGUUGAUUUUAGAGGACCUUCUGGUCGGCUUGUUUAUAAAGGCCAUGGAAAAUUUUCUAUAAAAAUUUUGAGAAAAGAUCCACCUGUGGAAUAUAAUGUUAAAAAGAUUGUAAUGUUAGCUGGUGGAACAGGAAUCACACCAAUGCUACAAUUAAUUCGUGCUAUAAUAAAGGAUUCUACAGAUGAAACUCAAGCUUCGCUACUUUUUGCCAAUCAAACAGAAAAAGAUAUAUUACUUCGAGACGAAUUAGAUGAUAUUGCAAAGAAUCAUCCUAACAAAUUGAAACUCUGGUAUACAAUAGAUACUAGUAGUGAAAAUUGGCCAUACAGUACUGGAUUUAUAAAUGCGGAUAUGAUCAAGGAUCAUCUAUUCCCUCCAUCACCUGAUACAAUAGUACUUAUGUGUGGUCCACCUCCAAUGAUUAAUUUUGCUUGUAAUCCUAACCUUGAUAAACUCGGUUAUGAUCCAAAGUUACGAUUUGCAUACUGAAGCAACAAAUUAUUUUUGUCACAUUUAAAUGUAGAAUACAUUUGGCUUGUUAGUUACUUUGGCUAAAAAAUUGGCUUAUAAUUUUAAAUUCACUUAAGUUCAUAAAUUUAAAUUCAUAUUCAUAAACAUAUCUCAUCUUUUAGUAUAUACCGUAUAUUGGUUAAUGCAAACGAAUACAAUAUCAGUUCAAAAUUUAAAAAUACGAGUCAGGUUGACUUGAUGUACAUAAUAGUAUUUGUUACAGUUGUACGAAUUCAUUAUAUUUUUAACUGCAUUUUUGUUCAGACAAUUGCAUUUUUGUUAUAAAUGACAUUUAUAAUAAUUUUUUAUUCAAAUUUAUAAUUUUGUAUAGAUGUUGCCAAUGCAAAGCUUUAGUAAAGAAAAUAUACAAUUUUAGGGUAUUAAGCAUUUAUUGAUGUUAAACCUAUUGUAUUGUUAUAAAAAAUGAUGAUCGCAAAA